CUUCUUGACGCGACCAUGAUGAACGCACAACAGCCUACCGUACCUUCAGCCUUACUUCCCGAGAUUCUCGAGUUUUCACCCCAACUCCUCCUCGACGACAUUAUCAACUACGCAAAUGAAGCAAUAACAAACACCGUUGAUGCCUUAGAGGGUUUCCUGUUUCGCUGGGCGUCUGAGCGAGAACAAAGAGUGAAAGAGGAUUGGGAUAGCACACAAGAAGUGGAACAGGGCCUUGUCGCUUUCCAAACACUUCUGGAAUCACAUACGGACAUUGCCUUUGACUUUUUCGAAACAUGGUCACUUCGUAACAUAUUCGCCAUUCCUGCCGAUCUUCCCGUCGUCGUCCCUCACCAAGAGAACCUCGAUCUCGAUUGCCCUCCAGAACGUGAAACAGAGCUCAUGACAGAGAUAGAUGAGUUGCGGAGAAAACUAGAUGCUCAACGUCGCUUGAAGCGUUUGUUGACUCGCGCAGUCCGCUUGUCUUCAGCAAAAUGCCGUCGCUCUGAAUCUCGCCUGGAAAAGCUCUCUUUUCUUCAAGCACCCCAAGUUUCUGAACUGAUGAGCCUUCCAGAGCAGUAUCGCUCGAUGUUCUCUGCGGUAUCGUCCCUUCCGCCUCUUACACCUGAAGCCGUCGCUGCCUUUUCGCAAUCGCUGCUGGCAGACCCUGGAAAACGGCCAUGGGAAGUCAGUAAGAUGGGUUAUCUUGACUGGGCCAGCAAGCAGGUACUUGCUAGAGCACAGCAAUCUGAUGGUAGUGCUGGUAGCUCGACAGUAGGAUCGCUGGUGGAAUCCACUGCUGCGGUAUCGAAGACUGAAGAUCUCAGGCGAUUUAUGGAAGUAAGCUCUGCCUUAGAGAAUGCUUGAUCCCUGCGGCGUGCGGACCGUGAUAUCAUUGCAGGUCGAAUUUGUAGUGGAAGGAUGUUGAUGAGUACUGUAUUGUAAAGAGCUAAUAUGUACAACACAUCACGGCCUUCUUUGGGAAGCGGUUUCGAUGUGACAACAAUCACGUACUAUAUAGGUAGGCUAUUUAGUCAAAUGGUACGGACCGAGUGUUUGCUCCA